CCUUCGGUCGGAAAAGCGUUUGUAGUUGGCCCCGGUUACGCGCCAAUUCCAGGGAAACUGGUGGCCAAAAUAACCAGUGGCGCCUUCGUUGAGCUUGCGGAUCUUCUAGCCGAGAACAUACCUCCUCAAGAGGCCGAGCCUCAUACUUAUUUGGAUGGUAAACUACUUGUUGCCCGUGGCAAAAAAAUGGUGGUAGAGAUAACCGAUAUUCUCACAUGGAUUCAGGCCUUUACCAUUUACCAGUGGAUCUUCUGCAGUACUUACCCUUCUCGCUGGCAGGAUACUACCCAGUAUAAGUUAUUGAUCCUCCAGACGGCUUCUCAGUUUCCUGGACCAGCUUGGUUGAACUACGACGCGGCAUUCAGGAAGGAUGCUGCAGCCUCUCUUCUAGCAGAUUGA